CACAAUAAGCAAAAUUAAUGCCAUUGGUACGCUAACACGAUAUUUAACUGAAAUUAACAAUCGAAGCGACUUUGGAUUUCCCAGGACUGUGUGUGUUCGAAGAAGAUCUGCCGUCUCCCUUCAAUUUAGCCUUCUCGCGCGUAAUGCCUCUCAUCUUUCAUAUACAUAAAAAAUCGAAAUGGGGUUAUCAUUUACCAAACUUUUCAGCCGGCUGUUCGCUAAGAAGGAAAUGAGAAUUCUUAUGGUGGGUCUUGAUGCUGCUGGUAAGACCACCAUACUUUACAAGCUCAAGCUGGGAGAAAUCGUUACUACUAUUCCUACAAUUGGAUUCAAUGUGGAAACGGUGGAAUACAAGAAUAUCAGCUUUACUGUCUGGGAUGUCGGUGGUCAAGACAAGAUUCGACCAUUGUGGAGACAUUACUUUCAAAACACUCAAGGACUUAUCUUUGUGGUUGAUAGUAAUGAUCGAGAUCGUGUAGUUGAGGCUAGGGACGAGCUGCAUAGGAUGUUGAAUGAGGAUGAAUUGAGAGAUGCAGUGCUGCUGGUAUUUGCAAACAAACAAGAUCUGCCGAAUGCUAUGAAUGCUGCUGAGAUAACUGACAAGCUUGGACUUCACUCGCUCCGUCAACGUCAUUGGUAUAUCCAAAGCACAUGUGCAACUUCGGGGGAGGGGCUUUACGAGGGUCUCGACUGGCUCUCCAACAAUAUUGCUAACAAGGCCUAAACAAGGCAUUUUCUUCAGUGCUUUUGAUAGCCGAAAGCUUGUUGAAGAGGAAAUUAUUUCCCAUUAUAAGGGCUUUUUAUCAUGUACACCUUGCUUUACUAGAGCAAUCUGCCUUCUGUGCUUAAUUUUGUUUCUCGUAGAGACUUGAGAUUACUGUGAAGUAGAUUCGAAAGGCCUUAUGUACUUUCUGCAUUCCUUUUUACGCUAUAUUAGCAGCAUGUGUUUAUUUUGUUCAAUAUAAUUAUACUUUUCCCCUGA